CGCUUCCGGACGGGUCUCGCGAUACCGACCUGUGCGGCGCGGCUCUAAGAGUAAAGCUAGUCUUCUCUGGGGCCAUGGCAGCCCUACGCGCCCUGCUGCCCAGCGUCCGAGGCCCGCUACGGUCUCUGUCCCAUUUCCCCGCCCUGCGGCCGUUCGCGUCGGGUGCUAACUUUCAGUACAUCAUCACAGAAAAAAAGGGAAAGAACAGCAAUGUAGGGCUGAUCCAGUUGAACCGCCCAAAGGCACUCAAUGCACUCUGCAGUGGCCUGAUCACAGAACUCAACCAGGCACUGGAGGCCUUUGAAGCAGACCCGGCUGUGGGUGCUAUCGUGCUUACCGGCGGGGAUAAGGUAUUUGCAGCUGGAGCUGAUAUCAAGGAAAUGCAGAACCAGACAAUGCAGGACUGUUACUCCCUCAAGUUCCUGAGUCACUGGGACCAGCUGACCCAAGUCAAGAAGCCAGUCAUUGCUGCUGUCAAUGGUUAUGCUCUUGGUGGGGGCUGUGAACUUGCCAUGAUGUGUGACAUCAUCUAUGCUGGUGAGAAAGCCCAGUUUGGACAGCCAGAAAUCCUGCUGGGGACCAUCCCAGGUUCAGGGGGCACCCAGAGACUCACCCGAGCAGUUGGAAAGUCACUGGCAAUGGAGAUGGUCCUUACUGGCGACCGCAUCUCAGCCCAGGAAGCCAAGCAAGCAGGUCUCGUAAGCAAGGUUUUUCCUGUUGAGAAAUUGGUUGAAGAAGCCAUUCAGUGUGCAGAAAAAAUUGCCAGCAAUUCCAAAAUUAUAACAGCCAUGGCCAAAGAAUCUGUGAAUGCAGCCUUUGAAAUGACAUUAACAGAAGGAAAUAAAUUGGAGAAGAAACUCUUCUAUUCAACCUUUGCCACUGAUGACCGGAGAGAAGGGAUGGCUGCGUUUGUGGAGAAAAGGAAGGCCAACUUCAAAGACCACUGAGAACCAGCUACCUGGGCCUUACACCUCUAGUGAGAGGAACAAGUAGCUUGUCAGUUUAGAAGCAAAUAAAUCGUCUCCUUUUAAAGGGUAGUGUAGGUGAGAUGUGGUUUCUUGCUGAUGGCCAUGGGGCUGUGGCCAGAGCUUGAGCUGUGCUGAACAACCGGCCUUCACUUGGCCAUCAGGAGAGUCAAUCAUGUUACAUUCUGACCUGAAUGUAUUCUUUUAAAUCAAAAGUUCUGCUGAGGAACCUUCAGGGUGUUUGAUUUUUUACUUCACUUCAGGAACUGAGAUGCUAGUUUGCCGGUGGCCCUUUUGUGCACAGAUCGAGUCCAGAUGGAAAGUGGGUGCCUGGUCAUGGAGUUUGUGGCUGCUCAAGGAAAGAUGUUCCUGUCUAUUGACUUUGAACAGAAUAAUGUUGAUUAAAGGAACUACUUCAAGUUAGUUAUACUUUA